CUGCGGAAGUUGACGAAGCGUUUCAAAUAGACGGCGCUAAAAGACGCUUAAUUUUAGAAUCUGUCCGUAAUGUUGACGGCAAUAACGACCCAAACCCAGCUUAGCUGGACAACAGUUAACACGACAUUGUACUAACGCUAGUUAGGAAUUAGCUUAAGGAGCUCCAGAUGUUGUUUCCACAGUGAUGAAACUUUGUUACCAGCUAGCUUGUUUAGCAUGUCGCUUUUCUUCAUUUCUUCCUUUCGAUACGAGUUUAUUGUAUGAACCUGCAUCAGCACAACGAUAUGUCAUCUGCAGAUCACUCACCUAAAGAGGACAGUCUGACACAGACGGCUGCUUCCCUCUGUUUGGAAACCAGAGACUCUUCAAGCAGGCUGAGACUCACUAGUCUGACUCUGGAAGAGCUGAGGUAACGAUGCUGGUUCAAUUCUUAUGAUCCCCUUCACUUCUUAUUAACACAAAUAUGAAGAGCUUGAUCGACGCACCAAAGAAAUCCAAAGAUUACAAGAAGAGGUGGAAAAUGUAACCAAAGUGGCAUUGCAGAGGAUCGGAUGCACGUCUGACAGUCCGCCUGGACAGAGCUCUCUCGGUCAUGGCGUCCUUCCUUCAUUUCAGCAAAGAGAGAUGCGUCCUCUGGUCUUUGUGGAUAAUUUAAACCAGGAGAGUUGUCAAAGAGACAUCAGCUGUCCCUCAAUGCAGGCAAUAGAAAAUGCAAUAGAUGGCUGUCUUCAACAGCUUUCGGACUUACGUCUGAACAAGACUCAAAAUCAACAUGAACAAGAAACAUCAAAUCCCCAAGAAGCUGUUGUAAACUUGCAGGUGCAAAUUCACAACGUUCGGAGGGAAAAGGACUUCCUGUCUGACCUGAGAUUAAAUGAGUCAAAGAAACAUGUUGAUCAGAUGGAAAAGAUGCUGCGCAUCGUGGAGGAGCUUCAGUCCAUCCAAAGGUCAGCAGAGCAGACGGUGCAGAAGGCAGAGAAUGAGUCGAUGGACCUGAACAAUAAAGCAGGAGCACUGGAAGAGACUGUAAAGGAUCACACACUGCGUGCAACACGUAAUGGACACAGCCACAUCAUCUGUGCUGAAAAUGCAAAUAAUACAAAACUCAAACUGCAAUCUGUGGCUACAGAUCAGAACGGGGAUUUCAACAGUGGAACAGGAAAUGUAUGUGAGCAGUUUUUGUUGUCAGAGGAACAGCCAACGAUUGAUGAGUACAACACAGAAACCCGAAUGCAGGAUCUUAUUGCACACAUUGGCCACGAGGUGGCGACCUUGGCUGAUAAACUGAGCUCGUCCAACGACUGUGGAGUCAGUUUAAGAAAUAAACUGGAGCUGCUCAAAAAACUUGCAGAAAGGCAGACAUUGUUACAUGAAUGCCACAUCGGUGAACUGGAAUCAAACAUCUCCCUUUAUAGAGAGAAGGUUUGUUGUGGAGAGAAUCAGCUCUUUGAAGUUCACACUCAGUUACGCAACGUCCAGAGAGAGAACAGUCAGCUGCAGCGAGAAGCCAAGGAGCUUCAGUCAGAACUCCACCGACAUCAGAGCUGCUGUGAGGGGCAGCAGGGUGAACGCUGGGAGGAGGUGAAGGUCCUGAAAGGACAGCUGGAAUCAACCAGGGAGCAGCUUCAUAAAGCCGAGGAGGAGAGGUCCAGCCUGCAGGCCCUGCUGGAGCGCAGGGCCCAGGAGGGGAGCCGGUCCCGGGAACUCCUGCGAGACAAAGACGAGGAACUCCGACUGAGGCAGCAGGAAACCCAGCAGUGUCUCGCCAGGUUGGAGGAGCUUCAGAGUCAGUUUCAGACUCUGCUGGCUGAGCAAGAGACGCUGACUCUGAAGCUGAAAGACAAAGAGCAGGUGAUCGCCGUUCUCAAUCUGCAUAUGGAGGGCAGCAGCCAGAUGACGGGGCAGCACAAGCGCACCAUUGAGGGUCUGAACCAGGAGAACAGCCUCCUCAGCAACCAGCUGAAUCAGUGCAAACUGGAGAUUCAGCAUCUCAGGGCUGAGUUGGACCGGCACAAAGCAGACGUGGCUGCCGCGCCGUUGGAGAAGCGGGAGCUGCAGGCCUCGCUGGCUGAGCAGAGUCGGCGUGCACGAGAGCAGCGUCUGAAGGAACAGCAGCUCAGAACUCGGCUGGAGCUGCCAUAUGUGCAGCUGCAUGCCGCUUCCCGCCUCCGGGAAGCCCAGGACAUGCAGAAGGAGGUCAAAGCCAGAAGAGAGCAAGUCGACCUCAUGCAGAGCAGAAUCCAACAUCUGGAGGAGAAGGAGAUGAAGCUGCGCCAGGAGAAACGUGAGCAGAGUCUGGAGGCCCGGCGCCGGCUCCAGCAGCUCUCUUUGGCCAGAGAGGAGAGGAAGCAGCUCACUCUGGAACUGGAGGCUCUUCGCUCCAAAGACCAGCAGUUAAGGGAACACAUUAGCCAGCUGAAGGCCAUCCUUCACCAGAUGUCGGAGAGCUUUGUAAACUGUGAGGAUUUCAUCCAGCUGCGUGAGCAAGAAUUUUACCGUCUGAAGCUCCAACAUGCCCUGUACCUAAAGGAGCUCCAAGGCCCGAAUCUGCACACGGCUCCGAAAGAUUCCCCGACAUCCUCCGGACUCCCCAGUCCGCCUGCCUCUGAGCACGCCGCCGCCUCUCACAUCGGGUGUAAGAGGCAGCAGGAGAGCUCCACCCAUAAACCCUGGUCUCCCGUCAAAGGCGUGCGAGGAGUGGUGAUUUCAGAGAACUGCGGACCACACACCGGCAGCGGCGGCGGCGGCAGCUCCCGCCGGAGGAGGUCUGCGCCUGGGAGAGCGCUCAGAACCACAUUCACUGAGGAGGCUGAGGAGGCAGGAAGUGGCUCCAGACUGAGGAGGAAGACAUGUGGCAGCGAGCCGCGUUUCCUGAGGACAGCAGAGCCGAGCAAGAAAGCGAUUCACACGUCCUUCAUCCAGAGCCGUGCUGCAUCCAGCAGUGCAGUGAAGUCCACUUCCUACCAGUUUCUUUGCCCGGGCCGCAAGUCACCCGUCCAUGCCCUCCUCACCUCUGACCCCACCAGCUGACAGGACCACCGCGCGUCCCCAGGCCGGCUCCUGGAUCCACGUUGUUUACAGUUUCAAAAGAAAUAUAGACAGUAAUGCACUUUUUGAUCAUAUCACUAUAAAUGGAAUAGAUUCUGUUCCUUUACUCAUCUGGUUUAUUUAAGGAAAACACUUUCAGAACUUUGUGACUGAGAAUUACCCAAAACUGAUCAAGAACAAAUGAAGUAAACAUUUUAUUGAACCGUUUGAUACUUUUAGAUGUUUUAGUAAUUGUAAAAAUACUCUUGUGGUCAAUUAACAGUUUCACUUUUUCUGCCUGCAGCAAAAUAA